CUUUAAAGCCUUACCUGACCAACAGGGACACAUCAGAGUCGUUCUGACGAACGGUGUCGCUGGCAUUGGAAAAACCUUCUCAGUGCAGAAGUUCACUCUGGACUGGGCAGAGAGGAAGGAAAACCAAGAUGUAAGUCUGGUGAUUCUGCUUUCGUUCAGGGAGCUGAACUUGAUCAGAGAUGAGCAGUACAGUCUUCUCAUGCUGCUCCAUGUUUUCCAUCCAACAUUACAGAAGGUCACAGCAGAGAAGCUUGCUGUGUGUAAAGUUCUGUUCAUCUUUGACGGCCUGGAUGAAAGCAGACUUUCACUGGAUUUCCACAACAACGAGGUUGUGUCUGAUGUCACCCAGAAGUCAUCAGUCAACGUGCUGUUGACAAACCUCAUCCAGGGGAAUCUGCUUCCCUCAGCUCUCGUCUGGAUAACUUCCCGACCUGCAGCAGCCAAUCAGAUUCCUCCUGCAUGUGUUGACAGGGUAACAGAAGUACGAGGCUUCACUGACGCCCAGAAGGAGGAGUACUUCAGGAGGAGAGUCAGUGAUGAAAAGCUGUCCAGCAGAAUCAUCUCACACAUUAAGACAUCCAGGAGCCUCCACAUCAUGUGUCUAAUCCCAGUCUUCUGCUGGAUCACUGCUACAGUUCUGGACCACAUGUUGACUACAGACCAGAGAGGAGAGCUGCCCAAGACCCUGACCGACAUGUACUCACACUUCCUCUUGGUUCAGACAAAAAGGAAGAAGCAGAAGUACGGUGAGGGACAUGAGACGAGUCCACAGGAACUGACGGAGGCUGACAGAGAAGUUCUUCUGAAGCUGGGGAGGCUGGCGUUUGAACAUCUGGAAAAAGGAGACAUCAUGUUCUACCAAGAAGACCUGGAGCGGUGUGGUCUUGAUGUCACAGAGGCCUUGGUGUACUCAGGAGUUUGUACAGAGAUCUCCAAAAGAGAGUGUGUGAUCUUCCAGAAAACAGUCUACUGCUUUGUUCAUCUGAGCAUUCAGGAGUUUCUGGCUGCAGUCUACAUGUUCAACUGUUACACAAACAGCAACACAGAGGUACUGGAGGACUUCCUGGGUAAAAAAUAUGUUCAUUCAACCCUGGAUGUCUUCCUGAUGGGAGCCAUGAUGAAAUCCCUUGAAAGUAAAAACGGCCACCUGGACCUGUUUUUUCGCUUCCUUCAUGGCCUCUCUCUGGAGUCCAACCAGAGGCUCUUAGGAGGUCUGCUGGGUCAGACAGACAACAGUCCAGAAAUCAUCCAGAGAGCCAUCAACAACCUGAAGGAGAUGAACGUGUAUAAAACCUCUCCUGACAGAAGCAUCAACAUCUUCCACUGUCUGAUGGAAAUGAACGACCACUCAGUACAUCAGGAGAUCCAAGAGUUCCUGAAGUCAGAGAACAGAUCAGAGAAGAAACUCUCUGAGAUCCACUGCUCAGCUCUGGCCUACAUGCUGCAGAUGUCAGAGGAGGUUCUGGAUGAGUUGGACCUGAAGAAGUACAACACAACAGACGAGGGACGACGUAGACUGAUUCCAGCUGUGAGGAACUGCAGAAAAGCUCUACUUUCUGGCUGUGGACUCUCAGAUACUCACUGUGAAGUUGUGGCCUCAGCUCUGAAGUCCAACCCCUCCCAUCUGAGAGAGCUGGACCUGAGUUCCAACUACCUGCAGGAUUCAGGAGUGAAGCUGCUAUCUUCUGGACUGGAGAGUCCAAACUGUAGACUGGAGACUCUGAGAUUGAGUUACUGCAGUUUGUCAGAGAUCAGCUGUGCUUCUCUGGCCUCAGCUCUGAAGUCCAACCCCUCCCAACUGAGAGAGCUGGAUCUGAGUGACAACAACCUGCAGGAUUCAGGAGUGAAGCUCCUGUGUGGUUUUCUGGAGAGUCCACACUGUAAACUGGAGACUCUGAGAUUGAGGGGCUGCAGUUUGUCAGAUAUCAGCUGUGCUUCUCUGGCCUCAGCUCUGAAGUCCAACCCCUCCCAUCUGAGAGAGCUGGAGCUGAGGGGAAACAAGUUGCAGGAUUCAGGAGUGAAGUUGCUGUGUGGUUUUCUGGAGAGUCCACACUGUAGACUGGAGACUCUGAGAUUGAGGAGCUGCAGUUUGUCAGAGAUCAGCUGCGCUUCUCUGGCCUCAGCUCUGAAGUCCAACCCCUCCCAACUGAGAGAGCUGGAUCUGAGUGACAACAACCUACAGGAUUCAGGAGUAAAGCUCCUGUGUGGUUUUCUGGAGAGUCCACACUGUAGACUGGAGACUCUGAGAUUAAGUUACUGCAGUUUGUCAGAGAUCAGCUGUGCUUCUCUGGCCUCAGCUCUGAUGUCCAACCCAUCCCAUCUGGGAGAGCUGGAGCUGAGAGUAAACGACCUGAAGGAUUCAGGUGUGAAGCUGCUGUCUGAUCUUGAGGACAGUCCAAACUGUAGACUGGAGACUCUGGAAUGGAGGUGAUCUCUGUCAGAGUCUGAGUAAUCAGAAAAGUGGAUGUGUUGAGAGGAUCAGCUGUGUCCUGAUGAUCCAUAGAGGUUCACCACCUAGACCUGCAUUUUAUUUUGUCUUUUUUUUUAUUCAUUCAUAUAUUCUGAACCCAAAAUGCCUCUGCAGAUCAGAUCAGUUCAGUUCGUGACAACAUAACUGUAGAUUAACACAUUUAAAUAGAUCUUUCUGCUUUGCUUUGUCAUGCAGCUCCACCCUUUGGAACGGUGGAGUUUUGCUGUUUAUUUCCACAUAUUUUUAAAUAACAGUGGAAGUUAAUAAAGUUACCCUAUUAUAACCAAGCCCUCGGGAAGUGCGCCAGGCUUUGAUGCCUAUUUUCGUAGUGGCCAAAUGGUGGAUAAUCAUGUACAUACAGGAAAAUUCCAGUUUUAUGUGUGACUCUGCUAGUUUUCACGUUACAUGACUGAACAUAAAGUCACCCGUGGAGCUUUUUUCCCCUCAGAAAUCAAUGUUGAAGCGGUCGAUAUCACCACCAUUCAUGUUCUGUUGUUCCUGCUGGAGCUGCUUUCUGCCAGCAGAUGUCACCAUUCCCUCUGUUUUACCACAAAGGUGGUUUAUCUGAAUGGAUGCAGUGAUCACUGAACUGAUGAUGUGAAUGCUUUCUUUCUGACUGACUUGGUUUUGUAAAGGUUAAGUGUCAUCAUAAUGUAGUUAAACAUGAUUUAAAAUGAUGGAACUGGAUUUGAAAUUAAACUUGGGCUCAAGGAUGAACUGAUUAGAGUUUGGUGGUCAAAGGUUAGAGGUCAUUGUGACCUCACAAAACACAUUUCUGGCCAUAACUCAGGAAUUCAUAUGCUAAUUAUGACAAUUUCACACAAAUGUUUAUUAUGAUAAAAAUGAUGAAGUGAUGACAUUUUGGACAUAAAUGGAUGUAAACUGCAACUUGACUGGUUAGCGGAGGCAGACAACUGUGAGGCAGUAAUUGUAGUUUUUUCUUUUUGAAGAGAAGAUAAGUUUAUUUAUUUCAUCUAUGUUUAAGUAUUUUGAGGUAACUCAUUUUAAAAUAAGUUAGCUAACUGCGAUAUUAACAAAGAAAUGUAGCUAACGUUAGUGUUAACGGUCACUAUUCAACAACUGUUUUGGACAGAACCUCUUUAACAUCUCACACAAUAAAUAAAAGUUCACAGUGAUCCUCAGCAGGGAGAGAAAACUGCAUGUUCACAUGUUAUAAUAAUUGCAGGAUUAUAUUCUAGUAUACUUUACAGUUCCAGUAGCUACAGUUUGUUCCUCUCAUGUCUUACCUUUAAACUCAAGUCACAGAGCUAAGCAGACUAUUUUCUGAUAAAGUCCUUCAUCACCAACACUUGGAACUGUUUUGAAGACUCCACAAAGACUCUUCUGAACAUCUGUUACAAAAUAAAAACUGAUUUAAAUCAGUUUACCAAGUUGUGAUUGUAUUUCCAAAUCCAGGUUACUGGAAACGGCACGUCCUUGCUCUUUUUUGUAAAACACAAGCAAAUCUUUCACACCUUUUGUAUGAUAUUGGAAUUGUGUAUUGGAAGAAACAUCAAUAUAAACAAAUGUAACUCAUAUGAUAAUAUAAUACAUUUUAAAAUUGUGCUUUACAUUGUACUAAUUGAGCAAUAAAUAUGUGUAAUUUCUGGCUACCAUCUGUGUUUGGAUCAUGAAAAAGAGUUGCACAGUUGCAACUCAGGAAAAUGGCUGAAAUUAUUUUUUU